GCACAGACUCAGUCAUGGCGGAAUAUACAGUCAAUUACUCAAUUAUGUGAUAUUUAGUUUAGCCCUCACUGUUAAGGGGCAGUGCCUCUCAUCUAAUGGCUUCUUCAUCUUCUUCAUCAUCAAUUACUCCUAUAAGUGCCGCCAAUCUAAUGGCUUCUUCUUCUUCAUCUUCAUCAAUUACUCCUAUAAGUGCCUCCCAUCUAAUGGCUUCUUCUUCUUCUUCUUCAUCAAUUACUCCUAAACUAGAGAAUGAGGUAUUCCUUAGUUUCUAUGGUGAGGACACUCGGAAAAAGAUUACCAGCCAUCUAUAUGAAGCCUUAUGUCGGAAAAAAAUUAAAACCUUCAUUGAUGAUAAUCUUGUCAGAGCAGAAGAAAUUUCUCCAUCUCUUUUGAAGGCAAUUAAACAUUCAAAGAUCUCAGUUAUCAUUUUCUCUAAAGGGUAUGCUUCGUCCAGAUGGUGCCUCAUAGAACUUGAAAAGAUAGUUAAAUGUUACAAGAAGUAUAAUCAGAUCGUACUACCGGUCUUCUAUGAGGUAGAUCCAUCUGAUGUCAGGAAUCAAACUGGGGAUGUUAGGGAGGCAUUUGCUAAGCUUGAAGAGCGUUUUAUGGAUGAUUCAGAGAUGUUGCAAAGAUGGAGGACUGCUUUAAGGGAUGCGGCCAACCUAUCUGGUUUUGAUUCAAAGAAUUAUGGGUAAUUGUAAAUUUAUUUAUCAAUGUCAAA